CACAGUUGAGAUAAUGUUGAGUGAAAGGAUGAGACAGCAAAUAAAGCCGUGGCAUUGAGUUUCAGUGGAUCUCCAAAGUGUAGAUAUGCCCCCUUCAUCUUGUACAGGUCAACUGAAACUGUCAAAAACGCAGGUAUAACCCAGCCUGGGUGCAAAUGGGCAGCCAUUAAACUCUGCAAGUCUUGAUUAAAGCAGCUUUUGAUUUAAUUUCAGUUUUUAUAUUUUUCUUGGUACACUCCCAACAUCUAUUAUAGUUAAUCUGAUUAAGUUCAGUUACCAAGCAGGUUUUUCCAAAUAUUUACAGCCUUUUUUUAAAGUCACGGUUUUAGAGUAGUUACAAAGGAUCAAAGUAAUCUCGCUACACAAUGUUAUCAGUAGGAAAAAAAGGAGCAGAAAAUAUCCCUUCACCAUGGUACAAUGAACACAGGUAUCAACAAUUAGAUACAAUAUUGCACAACAGGAACAUUGUGAAUGCUUCUCUAAACUGAUAAAAACCAACAGAGAAAAACAUCUGAGAGAGGUGCUAUAAGUGGUGUAGGGGUAGAGAACAACCUGCAUAUGGAGGCCUUAGUCCUAGAUAGAAACUAGGAACUAGAAACUAAACAGGAAAACCAUCAUCACUGGCCAACUAGCCCACACAUUCACAGCAGGCUCUACUGCAGGAGAGGAGCUGUAGUGAGAAGAGAGCAGGGGGUUUGCUGCCAUUAAAUGGUUUGAUCUGCUAGGCUGACACUGUUGUGUUUUUCAUUUAUUGUGGCUGGCAUUCAGCUUAUAGAGCAUCAUCGCCACUGCCUGGGUUAAAGCACAAAGAACCAGUAAUACUGUUUGUUAGAGGGAAAGGAAACUAACAUCACGCUGGUAUCGGGCUCUGUAGUAUCGGAGAAUUUUUAUGAACACAAAUACACGCACAUGGUAUCAGAUACCCAAUGUUGGUAUCAGAGCUAGCAUCCUGAUGACGUCAUAGAUCUUUGGUUCGCAGAAAAAUGUAGUUAUUUUCCCGUACCACUAGGUGGCACUGGGAGGGAAACGCACGCGAUACCUUGACCUCGUUGUUCAGGUAGAAGACUGUGUCUUUGGAGAAACCCUGGAUCCAAAAUUCAUUAUUUGGCUGCUUGUGUAUCCAGUAAAUAAAUGGAAUAGUACAUAACUCUGAACUUGGCUUGUUUCACCUAUUGAAAGAAAGGAUCGGAACGAGUUGCAGAUUCCCAAGAAGUUUCUGAUAAUGUUGACAAAGGGGUUGCUCCUCCACUGGCCUGAGAAGACAACAUAGGAGUUGCUGCUCCCGGCGAACGCUCACCUCGACUGCAAGACUGAGAGCGAACGUUUGCUUUUUUCUUUGUAUGUGUGUGCUGGACUUAUUACAGACAUAUACAACUCCAAUGGGUCACUCCUUUAUGUAUUGUUUUACAAUACCACACCUCAACCGUCGGGAAAUCCUUAACAAUAAUUGUCAGGGACAGAGCUAUCUGGCUAAUAAUCGGGUUGUGCCCUGACCUACUAAUCAAUUCUCCGAAUUACUAACUCGGUUAACAAUUGACUUUGGCACAUAAUAGUUAUUAAUAUCCACAGUAAAUUUAUUGUGGCACAACAAACCUCCUUCUCUCAGUAAGAGCAUUGAGGAAGAGUUGUUGCUGGGUCAUUCAGCAUGACUAUUUGCCUGAACCCCACAGGCAGGGGAACUAAGGAGUGGCUUUCUAAGAAGCACUUUGAGUUCCUGGAGCAGCCGAGCCCGUCUCCAGGCCUGAACCCAAUAGAGCAUAUUUGGAGGGAGCUGAAACUGCUGCUAGCCAGAGCUCCGAAAUCGCAAAGAUCUGGAGAAGGUCUGUGUGAUGGAGUGAACCAAAAUCCCUGCUGCAGUGUGUGCAAACCUGGUCAUCAAGAAACAUCUGUAAUUUUAAACGAAGGUUUCAGCAUCAAACAAAACGCAAUAUUUUUCUGCCCUGCCAAGUAUACUUAUUACAGUAAAUUGAAAAUUAACUGUUUAAAAAUCAAACAGUGUGAUUUUCUGGGUAUCUUACAUUUGAGGUGAGCCUUCAAUGAAAAUUAGGGACGCCUCCAUUCAAAAAUUAUUAUAUCCCCCCCACUGUGACUGAACAGGAGUUCGAAAGAUGACUGUAAUAUCCCAUUUUCUCCACUUGUUAGGACUUAGAAGUGGCCAAACAGAAGCAUCUUCAUGUAAAGAAAAUAUCCAAGUCUGGUUAAAUCUUUCAAAGCCUUGUUUAAAUGUAUUAUAGUCUAAAAUUUAACUUUUCUCCACAAUUCCAAAAAGUACGUUGAACACAGAAACUACACUAUAAAUUACCAAUAGAGACCCAUAAGUGCAGUAUGGUUGUGGUGUCAUGAUCUGGGAUUACUUUUUUUCUUCCAGAUUUUUGUGGAGGUACAAACAAUCACUAACAUCUGGUUAGAGCCAAAACUUUCAGAUGUCUGUUAGAAAGCUACAGAUAAGAAAGGACUUCAUUUCUGAGCUUCAUAGUGAUUCAGAGUCUAGAAUUAAAACCAACAAACUGGAUUCACCUGAAAAAAAGAGCUGUGGACAAGAAACAUCUUGAAAUUGUGAUAGAUUUGUAAAACUUCUUCAAAGAAGAAGGGGAAAAUAUUACCCUGUGAAGACGUGAGAGAUGGAACUACUUCCUUCUGAUUCAAAUGCUGAAUUUCAAUCAGAAAUUCAACAAAAUACUUUGAUGUGCACACUUAAACAUCGAGCGUAUUGGACAUUUUUUUAUUUUGACCUUCUACCAGAUUUGUUUGUCUUACACUAAGCGUUAAAAUAUAAGAACUAGUUACAGAAACUGGCCACUUCAAUUAACAUAACAUGUAGGAGAACUGAUCAGUUCUGAUAUAAUUUACAAGUCAUAACUAAUAACAUAAAGAACACGUUAGGCUUUACGUUAAGCUUUAAAACAUAAAAGAAUAUAUUUGUUUUGCUUUCUUGUACGUGUGUACAAUAAAAGCAAAUGUAUGAGUCAGCUUAGUUCUCUUCCCCAGGAAAUUGGACAAUGCAGGACAGCCAUGACAUCCAAUAAAAUGUGUGUGUCUGUGUGUAUAAAUGAAUUCACACAGACGUACGAGCACACAAAAAGAGAUUUGUCCUGACAUCAGUGACAACCCUCUCUCCCCUAAAUGCAAAUAAAUCACAGUAAGACAAAAAAGCUAUUGGAUUUCCUACCCCUGCUGUUUAGACUGCACAAAGCACUCAAAGACUCAAAGGCAAACACAUAAAGCAGAUAAGGAUGCCGAGACGAAACAAAUGUCAAACACUGCGCUCCUGACCCGAGGGAGGAUUUUUCUGACCGCGGUCCGACGUCCGCAGAAGGUAGGACUUAUUCACCUUACAUGACACUGUUUUUCGCUUUACAGAAAGCAGAUCUCUUGACGACCAUAAGAGUUUCAAGCUGUUCUCUCUCUUCCUGGAAGUAGGAUAAAAAGGAAAGGAUGAAUUUGAGAAGAGGCAGCAGGUGUGCUGUACAGAAGGGAGAACAAGGGUUUCACCUAUCAUGCUGCAGAACUCAAACUCCAGGAAUCCUGCCACAGUUGGGUCCCUAAUUAACAAUGCUCAAAGCAAAACAGGAAGAUUCCCACAGAGAGCAAACAAGACAUACAGAGCAAAAACAACUUAAGCCAAAACAGUUGGGACAAUAUUUCAGAGAAGCAACCGCAGGCUUCCAAUAUUCAAAACCGGUCUCCUUUUCUAGGAAUUAUGUUGUAACAAUAAAGUAAUUGUGCAAAUUAAAUGUGCACACAGGGAGUGACUGACUUCAGCCAGGCAAUUAUUUUAGAUAACAUGAGCUACAAACUACAGAAAAAAAACAAAACAAAACAAAAAAAAAAACAAUCAUAGUAAUAGAGGAGCUACCUAAAGCAAACUUAAAAGGCAGGCUUCCUUGAAAACCUGAAAGGUGUGUCGCCCGGGAUCAUUUGCAGCAAAAAUGAAAAGGUGGAGCCACAGAAGGCGCAGUUUAAAAGGGAGUUACUCCAAUCGACAAUAUUCACAGAGGAACAACAUCAACAGCAUCCUGCUGGACGGGCUUACUGAGCUAAAGAAAAAAUAACACCAGGCAGAGAGAUUUUCUUGGGGGACCUUUACUCCAAACUCUUCACAUAAAUGCAUCCAGAGUCUUCCUCGUCUUUGGAGAACAGUCGAACUGCGAAAAUGUUUGCUAUCAUCGAGCAGUGGGACGAGGUGUCCACCCAAUACACAGAUGUCACCAAGGAGUACUUUUUGAUUUUGCUCAUCAAGUUUGUACUGGAAACUGCCGUGUUUUACUCAUGCAGCCCGAAAAAGUACAUGUACUUUCUAAGCGUCUGCAGCCUGUCCGUCUUGCUGGCUGAUUUUCUUCUUACAGUGUUGAUAGGAGCCGCCUGGUUUCUCGGCCCAGAGAAGUCGUUGGCAUCAACUUGCUUCCUGUUGGCUACGGCCUCAACAACAUACGGAGCUCUGCCACUCCCUAUGUUGAUCCUGGGCUUUACUGACUACUGCUUAGAUGACAUCUUCAUGAGCAAUGUCUCAGUGUCGUUGAAAAUAUUUAGAAAUGUUACCUUGACCCUGGUGGUUUGGGCGGUUGCUAUUCAUUACUCAAUUCACUCCAAUUACACCGGACUGGUAGAACUGGAUUCUUCGGGAGAGAUAAACAUGCUUCUCUGUAAAGUUUCAGAGUCAACAGUGAUCACAGCCUUUGUUUUUGGACUUUUCAUGGCGUGCCUACUGACGCUGGUGCCAUUUUGGUCCAGAAUUCCCCAGUGGGUGAGAGAAGUCGACAGGAUGCUUGAAGCUCAGGAGCAGCAGCAGAACACAAGGAGCGAACUGCUCCUCACUUCAACCUGGAAUCCCAACCCAGAAACAAAAACCAGACUGGAGGAGAACAGCCUGACGAGGCCUCCUCUGUGGUUCAGCAUAACACUUGGCUUUAUAUUGUUCUGGAUGCCGUAUCUUGUGAUGUCUGUCUCUUGCCUGAUCUGCGGAGUUGGAGUACCCGCACACCUCGGAGUAAACCUUCUGUGGUUGGAGAGCUCCAACAGCCUCCUGGUGGGUUUGGUGUUCUGGGCAAAGAGCCACACAAAAGGGCCUUGCAGCAGUCUACCAGAGAAUGUGUGCUUGUGGCAGGUUUACUGGCACUUGAGCAAAGACAUACGACGAUCUCUGCCGCCUACUUCUGUGUUUAAUCCAUCAUGUGAAAAGAAGAGCAGCUCAUUUCAUGUGUAGAAAAAAGAAAUAAAAUCGCCCAAAGACACAGCAAUGCAGACUAAAUGAAAGUCCUGAUGAAUGGAUCAGUGAUCUGAAUCUGUGGUUGUUGCUUCGUCCUGCUCGUGGCUGAAUGUUACUAAAGCCAGACUCGGAAACGGAUCAUCACAGAUCGUCCUCUCCAGAAGCCAAGAGGUGAUUAACUGUGGCUUUAAAUGAACUGUUAACUUUUGACAGUGGGCCUACUGAUGCUGGUGCCGUUUUGAUCCAGGAUUCUGAAGUUGAUCUUCGCAGCAAAAUGUUGCAACUGUUUGCAAUGACUACAAAAUGUAGUAGAUCACUUUAUCUUCUUUUAUUUUAACUUUGUGGACUUCACUGAUGCAUGUUUGUCAAAAAAUACAAAAAUAUUCAGAAAUAUUGCCUCUUUCUGUUAUAUUUACCAUAGCAUGCCAUUUAUAUUUUAGAAGGAGAUGUCAGAAGUGUACACUACACUCCCCUGUUAACAGAUUAGGUUUUGCGAUGCAAAACAUGAGCAUGAGGAAUUUUAGAAUUUUUUGUACCUUUAAUGCAAGAUGUAUCCUGUAUAAUUCAACUGCAAAACAACUCAGACAGAAAAGAUAAAAACUAAAAAUAGAAAAUUAGGGAUCAACAACAUAUCUGCUUUAACAAUAGUAUCGGACAAUAUCAUUUAGUCAUUUGUUUGCUUGCAGGUAUUGGUUCAAUAAAUAAAACUGGGUCAAUAAGCUA